UUGCUCUGUCCUGCAUCAGAGGUAAAGGAUUUCGUGGGAAAGCUCCCGAUGGUCACCUUUGGUGAUGGCCAUGGAUUCCGACGGUGGCGCUCCUUGGUGGCGAUGAAGAAAGGAGAAUGAUGGGGAGGGAUAUGAUGUGAUGGGGGGCCUGGUGUGAUGCUAUUGAGUUGGUGAGAUGAGGUCUAGGGUGGUAUAUUGCCCGCCACGGCAGCAACUUCUCAGCACACUGAAGGUGUUCGAGAAAAUGUCGAUACAUGAUUGUGGCUGAUGGAAGUGUGGGCGGCAGAGAAGAGACAAGAAGUAGGGAGCAGCAAAUCUCACACUCUCGUCUAGCUGGUCACUUAGCUUGCAUGUCGCAGGGCUCUGAAGAUCGAGCUGAUGCAACUGAUGCAGGUUCUAGCUUUAACGCAACCACUACCAGCAUUAACAGCUCUGCGGAGAGCAAGAGCCUCACUCACACGGAGACAUCAGUAGCUUCCUUUAAGGAAUAUGAGCUUAUCGGCCGAGAUAAAGAAAAAUGUGACAUUAUCAAAAUAAUUUCAAAUGAUAGCCAACAGCUUGAGGUGAUCUCUGUGUGGGGAAUGGGCGGUCUUGGGAAAACAACACUUGUUAGAGAUGUGUAUCAAAGCGAACAACUCAAUGUCAAAUUCAGGUGUCGUGCUUGUGUAACAAUUAUGCAUCCUUUUGAUUGGGGCGAGCUUAUCAAGAGCUUAGCUCGACAACUAGAUGCAGAGGAUUAUGAAAAUAAAGAAGAAACCGGCUUGACGGGUGGCAGAACAAAACCUAGAGUUCAACGGUCACUGGUUGAUAUUUUAGAAGGAAAGAAGUACUUGAUUGUUCUUGAUGAACUAUCAUCUGCCUCAGAAUGGGACUCUAUAAUACAACAUUUACCUGCAAGGGAAACAGCAAGCCGUAUCAUAGUCACCACAAGGUCAGAAAAUAUUGCUAGGCACUGUUCAAAGAAACAUGAAAACAUAUACAAGCUUCAAAUUCUGGGAUAUGAGGACGGACUUAACCUCUUCACGGAAAAGGUAUUUCAAAAGAUCACAUAUUUGAAUGAUGAACAUCCUGAGUUGGUUGAACAAGCAAAUCUGAUCCUGAAGAAGUGUGAUGGACUUCCCCUUGCAAUUGUUACCAUUGGUGGUUUCUUGGCAAACCAACCUAAAACCGCCUUGGAGUGGACAAAAUUGAAUGACCAUAUUAGUGCUGAGUUGGAGAUGAAUCCAGAGCUUGGCAGGAUAGCAGCAGUCCUUAACAAAAGCUAUGAUGGUUUACCCUAUCGUCUCAAGUCAUGUAUGCUCUAUUUCUCCAUCUUUCCUCAAGAUAGCAAGGUUAGCCGGAGACGUCUGGUGUGUCGGUGGACGGCAGAGGGCUACUCAAGGGAGGUGCGUGGCAAGUCCGCGGAGGAAAUAGCAGAGAGCUACUUCAUGGAACUGAUAAGUAGGAGCAUGAUCCUGCCAUUUCAAGAGUCCAUUCAUAGUAGGAUCGGAGUUGACUCCUGUCGAGUACAUGAUCUCAUCCGUGAAAUCGGUAUCUCAAAAUCAAUGGAGGAUAAUCUUGUUUUCACAUUGGAGGAUGGCUGCGGGUUAAACAACCGGGUUAAAAUACGUCAUCUUGCCAUAAGUAGUAGCUGGGAGGGGGAUCAGUGUGAGUUCAAGAGCAUUGUGGACAUGUCCCAUAUACGAUCAUUAACAGUGUUUGGGAAGUGGAGGCCAUUUUUCAUGUCUGAGAAGAUGAGGUUGCUGCGAGUGCUGGACUUAGAGGGCACAUCAGGUUUAGUUGAUCAUCACCUUACGGACAUUGGGAAGCUUCUUCAUCUAAGGUACCUUUCUUUAAGAGGAUGUGAUGAUAUCUACCACUUGCCGGAUUCGUUGGGUAAUCUGAGGCAGCUGCAAACACUAGAUGUUAUGUAUACAAGCAUAAUCAAACUACCACGUAGCAUUAUUAAGCUCAGCAAGCUACGUCAUAUUCGUGCUGUGGGCAUUGGAAGUAACGAUGGGGGUACGCAUGAAACAUAUGCAGACACCCUAUGUAUUUUGACUUUGUCGUCAAUGGCAUAUUGUGUGGCAUGCUGCGCACCUCAGGUUCUGAAAGAGGUAAUGGAUAUGGAUGGUAACCCUAACAGGCGUGAUGUAUGCACUGGGUGUUGCUGCAAUAAAUUACCUUCUGCUGCAACGCGCCAAAGUCCAAACGGUGUCCAAGUGCCAACAGGGAUUCGUAGACUGAAAGCCCUGGACACAAUGGGUGUUGUGAACGUCUCAGGAUAUAUAUACAUAGUACAUCUUGAGUUACAAGUUAACUAG